CUAUCUAGUAUCGAGGUAAGCGCCUGGUGGCACAGUGCGUGCAGUGUGCGUGCAGCUACAUGCAUGCAACGUAUCACACAUACGACAAAACGUCUGCGGGGCGUCUCAAAAACCAGUCGAGAGCCGCACUUUCCUGCAAGGACAUCAACACCACAUCGCUUGGAACCUGUUCAACCACAUCUACUGUAUGAAGGAGCGAAUAUCAGCUUCAAAGCUAAAUAUUACAUACUUCAGAUGCGUGUUGUGAACCGGCUCUAAUCGCUGGAUUCUUGGAUACCGAGGUAGCGAUGGCGAAUCUACACUUUGCAGUGUCUCUUCAAAGACUGAUUCCAUUCUUCGGUUACCACCAUAUGUUGAUGAUUCUGUUGGCUAUUGUGAUUGUAUUGAAUUCAAUAUCUCUGGCUGGGUGCGCAAGCUAUUCGACCAUGACGAACAUCUACGUCCUCGGUUUAUCGUAUAGCAAUUCGACCUCGAAACGCACUACUGAAGGUCAUGAUGUGUUGCUUGACGCAUUAAACAACUUGAAAGGAUCCGCCGAGCUUGAAGUCCGAGCGGGCUAUUUUGGGAUGUGCGUGCGCCAGCGUGGUGUCGUCUGGCUUUGUAGCUCUGACCACAAUGGUUUGGCGCAGCAAAUCGGGUUCGAAAAUGACCCGCUGAACUUGAUAGGCGCUGCUGCAAAGUUCAAGAACGAAGUUCUCUUCUCCGGUCUUCUUUUCAUUGCUGUAGUUCUCGCAUUUGUCACCAUACUGCUCCUCGCAACAUUCCCAGGGUGGCACGAAGAGCGAGAUGAGAGAACUGGUUCUGACAUAGAUAUAAGACCCUUCCCGUCGCGCCCAGUUUCACAAGUUGCCCUCGCAGCGAGCUUUGUCGCUGCGGCACAGUUACUUAUCGCGAGUUUGUGGCAACAUGUGGGAUCUGUAGGGGCAGCUGCAAUGGCCGAGUCAGCCAAUUACGGGAAUAUUCGAACGGAUAUUGGAGUCAGCGCAAUCACUAUGGUCUGGGUUGCCUUUACUUUACAGAUUACUGUUGCUAUAGGUCUGCUAGUUAUGGUUCUUUCCAUUAUCAUAUUGGAUAGAUUGACGGACAACGAUUAAGGUCGCGCGCCAGAAGCGCAGGAGUACAGGAACAGUGGUGACAAGAGUUUAUGGUGGGAGGCUCUGGGCUUCAUCAGAUCU